AUGUUCCUCGGCCAUCGCUCGCUCAACCAGCCGAAUGUUUUCCUCGGCCUCACGGCGGCGCUCUUCGCUACCGAGACUGAGCUUGAUUGCUUCGGCAAUCUCUCGGGCCUCAGCACGCGCACGCUCCUCAGCCAUCGCCCGCUUGACAGCGUCAGCAUGGGCGCGUCGGGCGCGAGAAACAUCCUCCAUCCUGAAUACCACUGGAUGCCUCUGCCGCAACCUGUGGUUGGUGCGCGGUAGUAAUAGACUCUCGCAGCACACGAGCCAAAGUUUCCUCCUCUCCGGUGUCUUGAGUAUGACUGGAUGCCCGUGGGGCAACCUGCGGUCGGUGCGCGGUAACGAGGGACUCUUGCAGGACGCGCCUCCUCGCUGGCAUCCUGGAUAUAAUUGGAUGCGUGUGGUGCCGCGACCGGUCGUUCGUGCUGGAUGUCGCUUCGAUUUUGUGCCGCAGGAAACAAGAAAGUACGGUCAGCCCGCAUGGCCAUUUCUCGGCCUUCGUUCAAGUAGGCACUGCCAUCAUAGGCAUUGGCGCAAUGAGACUGGUCCGUCCCGGGGCGGUACAUCUGGCCUCUGGCGAAUCCCUGAUUGUUGGAAUACAUAUUCCUUUUGGUUGAUACGAGGACGACAAAAAAUAGGUGACGAAUGGUAGACGAGGGCGACUAAUAUGUGAUAACUGGUUGUCGAGACUGAGCAGGAUGAUAGGGACCUGGGCGAUAAUUGAAGAUCGAUGAUGUGCGAAAGCAGGUAGUCGAAAGAAUGUUGCAGGACUGCAAAUCUUCGUCUAGCAGAUUGGUAGAGAGAUGAUGGUUGAGAGAUGACGGGUGAGAGAUGAUGGUUGAGAGAUGGUGGUUGAAUAUUGGUGCCCGGAAUGUUGGUGAGAAUAUAUGCGGUUGUGUGGCGAGAGAAGCGGAGCGCGCUGCAUUGCACGCUGCAUGUACUAUUGAUGAGGGUCGAAAUGGAGGGGACCAAGAUGCGACCUAUUGUUCAUGUGCAGCUUCUGUUGUUCGCGUAUGCAGCUUCUGUUGUUCUCGUACAAUAGGCACAUGUGAGCGCCGAACAGUCUAUUCCUAUUGUUCUGCU